AAAAAAAAACAGAAGAAGAAGAAGAAGAGAAAUAGGAGGAAGGGAAUCACUAUCUCGUUCUCCGACCGCCGCCCCCAACCUGAUCGCCGGCAUUUCCAGAUCCCGCCGUCGCCGGUGAGUUCCUUCUUGAUUCUUUCUUUACUUCUUCGCUACUUUUUCCCAAUGAAGGAUCCAAACCCUUCUGUGGUUUUUGCAGCAAUGGCUGAUGACUCAGGACAAGCAACUUCAAAUGAAGUAGAGAAGCCUCAGAUUGAGCCCAUAAGAUUGCCCAGUGUUGAGGAAAUUCGUGGCCAAGACAUUUGGAACAACUGUGCAGUGCGCAGUGUUGUUAGUGGAGUUAUGGGUGGUGGGCUUGGCAUAUUCAUGGGUUUGUUUCUUGGAGCAUUGGACAAUCCAAUUAUGCAGGAGGAAAUGACAGGCAGACAACAGCUGAUUUACCAAGCAAAGCAGAUGGGCCGAAGGAGUAUCAGUUCAGCCAAAGCAUUUGCUGUUAUGGGUUUUAUAUUCUCAGCUGCAGAGUGUGUUGUUGAGAAGGCACGAGCAAAACACGACAUGACAAAUACUGCUGUUGCUGGAUGUACUACAGGGGGAGUAAUAUCAGCAAAAGGUGGCCCAAGAGCAGCAUGUGCUGGCUGUGCUGGCUUUGCGGCAUUCUCCGUCCUCAUAGAGAAGUUUUUAGAGGGACAUUAAUGUCACCCGAUUUUGCAUUCUUUAAUCAUAGUUGGAGUUCUUGGCGAAAAUCUUUUCCCCACUUGUUAAAGGAAUAUUGUAGGGAGCACACAAGUUGCAGGAUUUAUUUACAUUUAUAAAUUUUUUAUACAAUGUGAGUGGCAUAUGCAUUCUCCAAACUGGGGAGGCUCUGAUGUAAUGGUAUGAUUUAGAAUUAAGUAAUUUAAGAAGUUUUUAACUGAUUCAUGGUUAUCUCUGGAAGAUUUUAUGGUGUAUCCUUACACUUGUCAUAGCUAUUUUAGUUCAAGGGAAUCGAUGUUUGUGUA